AUGAAGAAACGGAAAAGCUCCCCGCCAGCACAAUCCAAGACACAGCAACAGCAAAAACAAAAUAAGAAGAGACCCGGUACCAGUUACAGUAAAAACACCAACGCCAAGAGACAGCAACAAAAGCAAAAGAAGCAAAGGUCGUUGGUCAGAGUAAAGGCGGCCGCUGCCGAGGAACAGCGCCAGGAAAGAAGGGGACGACCUGCACCUGCACCUGCACAUCCUCCUCGUUCUCCACCACCUCGUUCUUUAUCUCCAGUUGACGGCCUGCUCUCAAUAAAAUCAACUUCGCCCACCUCCACCUCCACAACUACCUCACCCACCACCAUCGAGUUCAACAAACCCCUACUCAUCGUCCCCCCACCCCGCUCAGUCUGGCAUGCAGGCUCCGUUCAACUCGUCAAAUGGUCCAAAACCUACGCUCGCCAGCUCCCCAAGGACACCACCGUCGACAUUAUCCUGGCCGACGCCAAAACAAACAAAAAGAUUGUUUCCCUUAAAAGGUUUAUUCCCUUCCGAAAGGGCUCUGCUCAGGUCUGGGUCCCCUCCAAGAUCCCCGACAAUGAGGAUGCGUCGGCGUCGUAUGUGCUCGUGCUGGAUCUUUUUCACGGGAAAAGUCAGAAGGCUGUUACUGUAGAGUCUGCCAAGGCCUCCGCUGCUACUGCUGCGUCUUCUUUGGCAGCGUUGUUGUCAACUUCGUCAUCGGAAAAGGACAGGCCAGCCUCGACCUCCAGGACAUCAACAACAACGGAAUCAGGUGGUGCAGGAGCAGAAAGAGCAGCAGACGUUCCCGAGACGAUUACAGGAGGAUCCUCCGCUAGCUUAAAAAAGAGCCUCCCAUCUGUUCUCCGUCGAUCUGACAUCAACAUUUACAAGCGCGCUAUCCCCUCUCCCCCUUCCUCUUCCUCUGUGACAGCGCCAACCUCCGCAACGGCCACUCGGGAAAACCUUCGGAUCACACCACCAGCACUUCUUGCAGACGGCGCACGGGCAGAUGUACCACCAUCGCAGCCCUACAUCGGCCAUCAUCAUAAUGAUGACCUCGACACCUUCGACCCCGAUACCAUCAACAGAGCAUCCUACUACAACUUUGACAACUACCUGCGGCAAGAAUUCCCCAACGUCAUCCAACCCAUCGAACUCGAGCACUCCUUCGGCGUCCAUCAGAAAGUGUACAGCAGAGCGCCUUACACCCUCGAAUGGAAGAUCCCUACUCGCGCCGCAGAACUCUUAGAAUAUACUGCUACCAGGCUCCGGCUCCUGGCCAACAAAGACAUCGACUGGUCUCAACACCAAUCCAUCAAGGAUAACAAUAUUACCUACCAGGCGAAACUCCACGUCGAACUCAUCCGUGAUGGUGGGCCCGGUCCUGGAGCCAUCGAAUCGGUCGCGGUCCUGGCCAGAAACGUCCUCGCAGAGACGAAGUUUCAGUACUUGCAGAUCUACGAUCAUGUCGAGCCGGCGUUUUAUCGACUCCGGGUCCAGAUGCUUGUCGUCGAGGUAGACGAUACUCCUGCCGGUCGACGGUCGAGAAAGAAUAGUGCGACGGAUAAUGGAGGCGAGAUGGAGGAUCCGAUGCUGGACGGCUGGGAUUUCGCGAAGGGAGCUCAAAUCAUCGAUCGCUACGAGUCCAUCACCCGCAAGUUCUGGGUCUCUGCCGGCGCCCUAUAA